CUGGAGAAGAGGAGGUUGUGGGAAGACCUCAUUGCUCUCUACAACUGCCUGAAAGGAGUCUGCUGUGAGGUGGGUGUCAGACAUUUUUCUCAGGUGAAAAGUGAUAGGAUGUGAGAAAAUGGCCUCAAGUUGUACCAGGAGAGUUUAGAUUGUAUACUGGGGAAAAUUUCUUCACAGAGAGGAUGGUCAAGCAUUGAAUCCAGCUGCUGCAGGCAGUGGUGGAAUCCCCAUCACUGGAGGCAUUUAAGAGGCAUAUAGCUAGGCACCUAAGGACGUGGUCAGAUUGAACUUGGUGAUCUUGAAGGUCUUUUCUAAUGUAGAUGAUUCUAUGAUAUUGCGUAUUAUCUUCUAUUCUUGCUACAUAAGAUCUGCAAUUUUUUCAGGUGAAAUUUUUUGUAUUGCAUCAUAUCUGUGAGGUAUUAGUACCUUCUUUGCCACCUCCUUUCUUUUUAGGUCCUACGCUUUCCAGAAGUAUUUGCACUGCCAGCCAAAUUUCUUCAUCGUCACACCAGCAAACAACCUGAGUGCUGUAACACCAGCUUUGGAGUACCUGGCAAGCCUAUGAGUGAAGAGAGUGUUUUAUACUUUAAAAGGAGGAUGAGCUAAAGCUUUAGUUGGAGAAAGAAAUGAAGAACAAGUCUGUGGAGAACAGGCCCAUGUGGCAGAAGCAGAGGAGGCAGCUGAGGACAGUAAGCACGCUAAUGACUGCGACUCAAAACCACUUCUGAAACUGAAAUUUCCCCUUUGUAUCACUCUUCUUAAAAGCAAAUUCACAAUGUUACAUCAACAGCUAAUAAUUGUCUUUGGUAUAUCACUAGCUGGAGAUAUAUGUGCAUCUAGAAGAUGCUAUUCAGAAGACCAAGUGUCCAUGUAUAAUUCCUGCAACCUCACAAGUGUUCCACCUGUGCCAAAGGACACUGCAAAGCUUUUUCUAACUUACAACUAUAUCAGACAAGUGACUGCAACUUCAUUUCCACUGCUGGAGGAUUUGUUCUUGUUGGAAAUUGGAACACAACGUGUCUUUCCCCUUUACAUAGGAAAAGAAGCUUUCAAGAACCUGCCAAACCUUCGUGUCUUGGACCUGGGGUUCAAUAACAUUCUUCUGCUGGAUCUUGAUUCUUUUGCGGGUUUGCAACGCUUGACCAUACUCCGUCUGUUUCAGAACAACCUUGGAGAUUCCAUCCUGGAGGAGCGUUACUUUCAAGAUUUGAGCUCAUUAGAAGAAUUGGAUCUUUCAGGAAACCAAAUCACAAAACUUCAUCCACACCCCUUAUUUUAUAAUCUAACCAUCUUGAAAGCUGUGAACCUGAAAUUCAACAAGAUAUCCAACCUGUGUGAAAGUAAUCUUACCAGCUUCCAAGGAAAACACUUUUCAUUUUUCAGCCUCAGUUCUAACACUCUGUAUAAGACAGAUAAAAUGGUCUGGGCCAAAUGCCCAAAUCCUUUCAGAAAUAUUACAUUUAACUCACUGGACGUUAGUGAGAAUGGCUGGAGCACAGAGACAGUCCAAUAUUUCUGUACAGCUAUUAAGGGGACUCAAAUCAACUAUUUAUCAUUUCGCCUUCAUACAAUGGGCUCAGGAUUUGGCUUUAAUAACUUAAAAAAUCCAGAUAAGGAUACAUUUACAGGACUAGCAAGAAGUGAUCUUCGUUUGCUUGAUAUUUCCAAUGGAUUCAUUUUCUCUCUCAAUUCUUUAAUCUUUAAAAGCCUUGGUAAUCUGGAAUUUCUAAACCUUUUCAGAAACAAGGUAAAUCAAAUCCAAAAACAAGCAUUUUCUGGGUUGGAAAACCUAAAAAUUCUCAAUCUCUCAAGUAACCUUUUAGGUGAGUUGUACGAUUAUACUUUUGAGGGGCUACACAGUAUAAUCUAUAUUGAUUUACAGCAAAAUCACAUUGGGAUGAUUGGUCAAAAAUCUUUCAGUAACUUAGUAAGUCUGAAAAUAAUUGAUCUCCGAGACAAUGCCUUAAAAAAACUCCCUUCCUUUCCACAUCUGACUACUGCCUUUUUAGGUGACAAUAAGCUGAUAUCUGUAGCUCACGCAGCAAUAGCAGCAACACAUAUUGAAUUAGAGAGAAAUUGGCUUGCAAAUCUGGGUGACCUGUAUGUUCUUUUCCAAGUUCCAGAUAUGCAGUAUCUUUCCUUAAAACAGAAUCGUAUCUCUUACUGUGAAAAACAUGUUAAUGCUAUAGAAAAUAGCCAGUUGAUUUAUAUGGAUCUAGGAGAAAACAUGUUACAGCUUGUGUGGGAGAGAGGUUUAUGUUUGGAUGUGUUCAGGACACUGUCUAAACUUCAGAUUCUAUUCCUGAACAACAACUACCUUAGUGCUCUUCCACAGGAGAUUUUUAGUGGUCUAACAUCUCUAAAAAUACUUAAUCUAGCCUCCAACCUAUUGUCUCACCUCUCUCUUGGGGUUUUUCCACGAAGCCUAAUAAACCUAAACUUGUCUGGAAACCAGCUUUUUUCCCCUAAGCCUGAAGUCUUUAUGACUUUGAGUAUUCUGGAUAUAACACAUAACAAGUAUGUCUGUGAUUGUGCUUUAAAAAGCCUUCUAGUGUGGCUAAAUGAAACCAAUGUAACCCUAGCUGGCUCAGAGUCUGACAGGUACUGUGUGUAUCCACCUGCAUUAGCAGGGGUACCAGUGUCACUUCUGACAUAUGAUGAUUGUGAUGAAGAUGAACUCCAGCAGACACUCAGGUUCUCAGUAUUCAUUUUCAUUUCUGUCACCCUUCUGAUGUUUCUGAUGUCAGCCAUUAUUUUUACUCGCUGUCGGGGGAUUUGUUUUGUCUGGUAUAAGACCAUCACCAAAACUUUGAUAGGAAGCCAUCCACCAGCAGCAGAUACAAGUGAAUACAUGUAUGACGCGUAUUUGUGCUACAGCAAAAAUGAUUUCGAAUGGGUCCAGAAUUCUUUGCUGAAGCACUUGGAUUCACAAUAUUUUGAUAAAAACAGAUUUACCUUGUGCUUUGAGGAACGAGAUUUCUUGCCUGGGGAAGAACAUAUCAACAAUAUUCGUGAUGCUAUAUGGAAGAGCAGGAAAACCAUCUGUGUUGUUACCAGGCAUUUUCUCAAAGAUGGGUGGUGUGUAGAAGCCUUUAAUUUUGCCCAGAGCAGAUACUUCAGUGAUUUGAAAGAGGUUCUCAUUAUGGUAGUAGUUGGAUCACUUUCUCAAUAUCAACUGAUGAAGCACAAGCCAAUUCGAAUUUUUUUACAAAGAAGUCGAUAUCUGCGUUGGCCUGAAGAUUAUCAAGAUAUAGACUGGUUUUUAGAUAACCUUUCUUCCCAAAUUCUGAAGGAAAAAAGAGUGCAAAGGAAUGUCAGUGAUAUGGAGCUGCAAACUAUAGCGACAGUCUCACACUGACAGUUGAUGGGUCGCUAGCUUUCUCAAUACUUUCUAUUUUAGCUGUGCUAUGGGAGGACAAAACAGAUCUGCUUUAUCCUUCCCUAAAAAAGCAGGUAGAGAGUUUCGUUUUAAAUCCUACUAAACUUGGAAACAACUUGAGAGCCAAGAAAGUGCAAUUAUUUUAUGGACAGUGGCACUUAUUUUCAGAAGAAUUAAAUGAAUCACAAAUGCCUCACAUUUUGGAUGCUCAGCUUCAAACAACUUACUAUUGAUUUUCAGAGUGUUACAUACUUCCAGGUCUGUUUCAGUGACAGGAGGAUGCCCAUUUUUACUUUUUAUUACUUUCAAAAAGAGACCACUGUACCUUGUGGGAGUGCCUUACAACUUUAUGUUUUAAAAUGGUGCUAUAUAGAUUUCGUUUGUUUUCUACUCAGCUAGGCUCAGAUUCUCAACUGCAACAUACAGCCUCUGAACUUCAUUCAUUUCUUUCCCCUUUUCACUUCCUCUGCAUGGUGGCGAAACCACAGUUACUGGGAUGCUUCAUUUGCUGCUGUUCCAAUUGGUCAUUUUCUCAGCUGCCUCCCACCCUGCAGAGAGAAGCAGGUAUCCCCUUCACAUCUGAAGCAAGCCUGAAAACCAAACAAGAAACUACCUCCAUAGCCAUGAGUGGCUCCCGGGAAGCUUUCACAUUCAGUGGAUGGAAUAUAUGGAUAACUUGUGUGUCUUGUGGGUUGUUCUUGGUAUGUCCUGUAUCCUGAUCAAUUAAGAUUUUUUUUUUCUGAUUCUAUUGAAAUAGUUUUCUAGAGUCAUAAAUGUCUGGUAUGCUCUUUCUUCUUUUUACCUUUCUUUUCUUAAGUUAUGCGUUUUCAGGGAGACGUUCAGGGUCAUUUUAAUAAAAGUCUGAUCCAUCAUUGUUGUGGUUUAACAACAACUGCAGCUCAGCACUGUGCAGCUAAACUUCCUCAGCCUCACCAAAAUAAUUCCAGUAUGGGCUGUAGUGAAGAUGCAGGAACAGAUGGGUUUACAAACUGGCUGUCUUGACCUGAGCUGCAAACAAAAACUACCAUCUUAACUAUUUCACAGAAAUAAGAAGGUACAAUCCACUUCAUGUGAAUGCAGCUGUUUGAGUAUAGAAGCAUUUGUGACUGAUCUAAUUUACUUUCAAUAUUCUAUUAAUACAACUACUACAGUGAAAUAUUAUUUCUGUCUCAAUCAGUGUAGGCAUCCAUGAACAGAAAAGGGCUAAACCUUGUAAAGCUUGCUUGGGGCAGAGGGAUUGAAAAAGGGACCAAGCUGUGCUCAGGAAGCCCUGGGUGUCGCUGUUGGUUCAAGUAACGGCGAGGGUUUCUCUACACUCCUGCCUCUGUCCAUUGCAGCCACUGACAUUACAGACAAAUGCUGCUGCAGAAGGUCUGAGAAAGAAGCAGCAGUCUCAGCUUCCCAAAGACCCUGCAGGCUGUUAGGAAAGCUAUCGUUGUGCCUUUCUUUCAGGUCUCUAAAAAUGUCAA